UAAAGACGGUUUCCCGAAUGAAGUGACACCUCCGCCGAGCCCUGAAGGACAUUGAGUGAGCCAGGUGACAGCGUGUGCCAGCAGGGACCCGCAUGUGUCCAGUCCUGGAGUCCAGGAGCCAGAAGCUCAGGGCUAGGAAAGAGAGCAAAGCCCUAUGAUCUCCUCCUUGUCACCCCCUAUGCCUGCCGGACUUCAGAUCUGACCCCCGACCUGCCUGCCGCCUUGGGAGUCCCCUCCCCAACCCCCACCGGCAAGAUGCCCAUCCUCAAGCAGCUGGUGUCCAGCUCGGUGCACUCCAAGCGCCGCUCCCGCGUGGACCUCACGGCUGAGAUGAUCAGUGCCCCCUUGGGCGACUUCCGGCACACCAUGCAUGUGGGCCGGGCCGGGGAUGCCUUCGGGGACACGUCCUUCCUCAACAGCAAGGCUGGCGAGCUGGACGGCGAGUCCCUGGAUGAGCAGGCCGCCUCCUCGUCCUCCAAACGCAGCCUCCUGUCCCGGAAGUUCCGGGGCAGCAAGCGGUCGCAGUCGGUGACCAGGGGGGACCGGGAGCAGAGGGACAUGCUGGGCUCCCUGCGGGACUCGGCUCUGUUCGUCAAGAACGCCAUGUCCCUGCCACAGCUGAACGAGAAGGAGGCCUCCGAGAAGGGCUCUGGCAAGCUGCCCAAGAGCCUGUCGUCCAGCCCCGUGAAGAAGGGGAGCGCCGGGGAGGACAGCCAGGAGGAGGCAGGUGAGGGGGACCUGGCGCCCCGGCGGAACGGGGCCACCGCCCCCCACUCCCCCGACCCCCUGCUCGACGAGCAGGCCUUCGGGGACCUGACGGAGCUGCCCGUGGUGCCCAAGGCCAGCCUGGGGCUCAAGCACGCCGAGUCCAUCAUGUCAUUCCACAUUGACCUGGGGCCGUCCAUGCUGGGCGACGUCCUCAGCAUCAUGGACAAGGAGGAGUGGGAACUGGAGGAGGAGGGCGGCGGUUACCGUGAUGACGGGGAGCCUGCAGGCAGCACCCUCCGAGCUCCCCCUGCAGUGGCGGCGGCGGCGGCCGUAGCAUCAGUGGCCACUCCACGGGCGAGGCAGCAGGAAGGCGCCGCGGGCCGGGACCUGCCCCAGGACGAGGGCUGGGCAGUGGCCCCCAGCCCUGGCUCGGCCCGCAGCGAGGGCAGUCACACCACGAGGGACAGCAGCUCCCUGUCCAGCUGCACCUCGGGCGUCCUGGAGGAGCGCAGCCCUGCCUCACGGGGGCCUGACAGGGCCCGGGCCGCGCUGCCCCAGCAGCAGGACAAGGAGUUCUCCUUCAUGGACGAGGAAGAGGAGGAUGAGAUCCGAGUGUGAGGGGCACCAUGCAGGGGGCGCUGUCUCCUCCCUGCCCCCAGGCCACCACCCCCUUCCCUGCCUGGUCCCGUCCAGUACUGGGCAGCCAGGAGCCUGGCUUCCACCGCAGACCCUGGACGUCCCUGCCGCCCCUUCUCCUGGAACUGGGGCACUGGUGAGGCCGGGGCCCCGCUGGGGACAUGGGGAGGUGGCAUGGGUGCCAGGCUGCAUGGUGCACCCAGCCCUCCUGGGCGCUGCAGGCCAGACUGGGUGCUUGCAGCAGGAACCGGUUCUCCCUUCCCACCCCGGCCUCAGACGGUGUCAGCCAAGUCCCCUCCUCCUGGGGCAGGUGCAGCAGGUCAGCCUGGGAGUGGCCCCGGUGCCUUGGCUAAGGACACUGGGCUCACCUUUCUUCUGCUGUGACCGGUGGCCAUGUGGCAGGAGGAAGGUUGGCCCCCCGCAGGCCCCCCUACUCCCGGCCCCUGCACCGGAGCCUGGACCCCCUUGGAGCAAAGCUGGACCCAGUAUGUGCACUAAACGCGGCCCCUUCCCGGGGAGGAGAACAGGAUGGGGAAUGACGGAAAGGAGGCCCUGGGGCUUCCUGAAUUUUCUAAAAGGGGCCCUUCCGGGAUAACACUAGGAACAGGCUGGGGGCUGGCUCAGCCUCUAUCGAUUUGUUCUUGUCCGGUUUAGAUCCUUCCAGAGCCGUACCUGGAACAGCAUUAGGUCUGCCACCAGACAGAAGAUCAAAUCCUUUUAGGAAACCUUUGUACUAAGUGCUUCCAGACUUUAGUUAGAACUGAAUGGGGUGGGUGUCCAUGUUUGUGUGUCCCUCCCCCCACCCCAUGGCUAUUAACAGUUGAAGGCAGCCAGUGUAGGAAAUUUCUGGAAAGGAUUUUUUUUUAAGUAAUAUAUCAUUCCUGUGGAGGGAUAGAAGCUUUUUUGACUGGGUUACUCCCCCCACCCCCCCACACACACUACUUCCCCUUCCUACUUCAGGCCUUUCUGAACCUCUCUCCCCUACUUCUGAGGCCCCUAAGGGUAUAGGGUUGCCAGAUUUAGCAAUAAAACAAAACAAAAGUAGAAUGCAGGGAUAAAUUAGGAUGCCGGGCAUACAAAGGAUCAUUUUUUUUUUUUUUAGCAUAAGUGUGCCCCACACCAUGUUUGGAACAUACUUACGCUAAAAAAAUUGUUUGUUGUCCUCCAGAAUCCCAGUUUUCACUCCGGCCCUGAAACCCUGCCCGAGGGGACUGACUGGGAGCGUGUGCCCCAGGGUUAACGGAUGAUUAUUUUCCUGUCCUGGGAACAAGCUGACCCAACCUUCUCCUGUCCCCUUGUACCCAGUGGGGGGAGGGGCCGGGCCACCGGGUGUAGCCCCUCCCUCGCCUGCUUGUUGCCAGAUCUUGAUCCAGACAGUAACUUAGUUCCUGAUUCCGGCGCCUUGUCAGUACCGUUUCCAGGAGUGUGGCUCCCACACAGGGGAGGCAUCAGACGGGGCUGUGCAGCCCCCACCAGCAACCCUUGAGACCCAUCCAAACAGUGGUCAGUUCCAGAUUCUAAACUGUAUAUAUUUUUUCAUGGUAUUGUUAAAACAGUGAGGAAACAUUAAAAAAAAAUGCGCAACGGCA